AUGCAACUCCAUGAACAACAAACUGUAAAUCCACCUCCGCAACACUUUCCCCAAAGGCUAAUAGGCAAAGAAGACCUUCCACACAGAAACGAAUAUUAUAAUGACACCUACAUAACUCCACCCUCCUCUUCCCGCCUGUCGACACCUUCCUCUUAUGAAAAUAAAGUUAACUCUCAAUUCACCUAUCCACAUGCCCAGAACCAGCAAUACGAUGAGUUGUGGCGCAUUACAGCUGAGAAUCUUCGCAUGCUUCUCAUAUCGCAUUUAAACAUACCUCUGCCUGCGAAUCCCAACGCAUUAGCUCUCGAGCUCAGAUCAGGAAUCUACAUUGCUUUAUUUAUCAACGAUUUCCUGGGCUUCAAAGCUGUUAAAAGGAUUUACGAAGUGUCGGGCAGUUCGUGGCAGUCGCGAGCACGCCAAAAUUUGCUCUCUUGUAGAGAAAUCAUGUUAAAUCUUGGGGUCCCAAAGCACCGCCUAUUCUCAGUUACUCGAGUACUCCAAGCAGAUCCUACAGUUGGCCUAUUUGGUAUUUUUCAUUCUUUACAAACGCUCAUGGAUGUAUGGGCCAGUCGACCGAGUACCUUCAUACCCGGAGGUCUUGGUGUUCGAGAGAAGCUUACGAACCAGCCCGUCACAAAGAAAUCGCUUCUUGGAGAUAUCACUACCAACCGAAAAUUGCGCCACCAGCACCAAUUGCAAAACCCUCAUCAUCAUAGAAACCGAACUUACUCGAAUCCUAACUUCUAUUCGGGAUUCGCUGGUGGUGUCUUUUCUGAUGUCUGA